AUGAAUACAACAGAGCCUAUUGGUUGUAAUGGUCUUCCUUAUCAAAAUAUAAAUCAUACUAAACUUUAUUAUGAAGUUACUUCUUAUUCUCAAAUUGAACUUUCAUCAUGUGAUAAUGGAAAAAUUGAUUUUCAGACAUUUUGGUUUGUUAUAGAUGAUCUCUGCAAGUAUAAUAGAACAAGCGAUAUAUACUUUGCAACUAUCUAUCCAAAUAAAACUUCUUAUUGUCCGGAAACAAAAAGUUUAAAACCUCCAUCAAAUUCUCCAGAUUUGAAGAUUAUCUUACCAAUUGUUUUAACCUUAGCAUUCGCUGUUGUGAUAAUUACAAUUGGAUUCUUCUAUUAUCGACGACGUCUUCGCAAUAAGAAAUCAGGUAUCUAUAAGCAAACUCGACACUCAUAA